GAUAAAGCGAUAGCACGCUCAGAAGAUUUCCUAGGUAACGUCUGAGUCGCCAUUAUUACUGAGAGUAUAUUCUCGAGGCUGAACAAAUUUCAGAGCAGUGUUAAAAUGCUGAUAAACCGUGACAACGCGAGGACGUUGAUGCUGUAAUUAUACUGAAAAGCUCUGGACUGACCUGGAGAAGAUACUGAGAUGCCAUGAUGCCGCCCUGGGCAACCGCCCAUGUCUCCCAUAUUAAAAACCGACGCUGAUUACCAGCACUCCUGGAAACGUAGACGCUCUCAGCGAUGUAAUCUGCAGUUUACAGUGAAAAACUAACAUUGUGAAUAUACCUAAACACCAAAAGAAAAUAAAAAAUCGCCUAUCAGGAUCGACUGGAUGCACCUGACGAACAGCAGGACAGUGAGAUGACUUGUAGACAGCAUUUGAAUCAUCUUUAUUAGUGUCAAUGCUGAGUAAAACAUCAGAUCUGAUGAUACUAAAAAGUGAUUCAUGAUUGAUCGGGAGGAGAUCCUGUGCUACUGUCCCCCACGGAUCUUCUUUGUGAAAAUAUCAGUUGUAGCCGGUGUCAGUCUGAGACUUUCCAGCUAAGGUUCAGAGGUGGUGGGAGGAUGACAUCACAAAGUGUAAAAGAUACGGAUAUAAAGUGUGUGGUAGUGGGUGACAGUGCAGUGGGAAAGACCUGCAUGCUUGUCACAUACCUAACCAAAGAGUUUCCUUCUCAACACUUCCCCACAGCGUUCGAAAACUUCUCUGCUACAGUGACGAAUGGUGAGAAGUACAAUCUGGGACUCUGGGACACUUCAGGUCUGGAGGACUAUGACAGACUUCGACCCCUCAGCUACCCAGAGACCAACGUUUUCCUCGUCUGUUUCUCCGUGAUAUCACCCUCAUCUUUUGAAAACAUCAGAGGGAAGGUUUGUCUACUUGCUUGGGUGCCAGAGAUUGCACACCACUGCCCGGAGGCGCCCUUCCUGCUGGUUGGGACUAUGGUGGACCUGAGAGAUGACAGCUACACCCUGGAGAACCUGGCCAAGAGCAACCAGCAAGCUGUGACCUUCGAGAACGGAGAGGAACUGGCUCGUAGGCUGAAGGCAGUCAAAUACGUGGAGUGCUCAGCUCGUACACAGACAGGAGUGCAGGAUGUGUUUGAAGAGGCCGUCCUUGCUGCUCUGGAGAACUCAAGUUCUAAACCCAAGAAGUGCUGCACUCAACUAUAGAUGUCACAAGACGUAGAACAAGAGGAAGAGGAUGACCUUAUCCUCCUCCUCUCGGAGAAGUUGGAGGUUUGACCUGGAAGAGAUUAUUAACCUCGAUGUGAACAGAAGGAAGGAUGCUAAACAGUAGUUAGACCAUAAACAAUAUAAAUAUGUCAUCACUUAGCAAGCAGAGCUGAAAAUGCUUUAAAAAUACAAAUACAAAAGUAUAUUGUAUGAAUAUAAAUAAUUUAUGCAGAUUUAUUGUUAAUGAGUGCAGGUCAUGACUUUAGAUUUAUUUUUUUUAACCUAUGUAUAAGUUGUGUUUUUAAUGCAGUAUUAAUAACUAUCAUUCACUCGCUCACUUUUUUUUUUAAUGGACACAAAAUUCUAUCAACUACUCAACUGAUAUCAUUCUCAGCCUAUACUGCUUUUUAUUGACUGUAUUCAUAUGCAGCUUGUCUUUAAGGUACAACGAUUCAACUUUUUGUUUAUGUCACUGGUGGUAGCACGAGACAGUACUUCCAACACGUUCAGGUUGGUGAGGUAGAUCAGCUUCUCCAGAAUGGCAUAUCGAUGCAUGCUGACCUCUAGGUGCUCUCUAUACCCUUUGGUAUUUUUGAAACACAUGUGCAACCUACCAGAGACUAAGGAGGUGGGCUUUGCUUGCUCAACAAUACAAUCUAGACAUCAGACGUAAGAGAGGUGUGGAUAAUGUGAUGGCUGAUGCACUUUCCAGGGUGCAGUAUUGACCUCCCCGAUGUACAUGAUGGUACGUGUUAAAGGAAUUUCUGUGUAAAAUGUUAUCUUGAAGGAUGUUACGGUCGCUGACCUCUAGGGGCUCUCCCCAUGUGACCCUUUUUCUCUCCCUUUGCCCUGGGCUUUGAGCUGCAGUGAUUUGGGCAGCGGACUGUAGCUGUGAUAAACCUAUGAAGCUUGGUGUGACUUUGGGUUUUUUGUGAGUAAAGGUGUGUCUUUACAAUGGUAACUCUAGUGAUCCACAGUGGAAGCAGGCAGGGGUUCUCUGCCAUUUUUGUUUCAGCCGUUUUCUCCUGUUUUGUGUGGAGACAGGGAGCUCAGCCAUUGUACUUUGUUUUCUUACAGAUAGAGUCGUCUUAGUGGGGUUUUUUUUUUUUAGCUAGAAAGGGUGUUUUGUUAGUUGUUUUGGCCUUGGAGACCCUGACGCUUAGAGCUUUCCUGUGUUUUAGUUUGGUCCUAAUUGGUUUGUCUGCAUUAAUUGUAAAAUAAAUGGUGUUUUACUGACGUUAACUAUGUGGUGAUUAAUUUUGGGGGGGGGGGUUUCACUUUGUGUUACACCCCACCCCAGAUAAUACUUUGCUUUUAAGUGGGUUGUAACAAUAAGGACACCUGAUCAGGAUCAUAGAUGAGAGCAGGUUCAUACAGAUAGAUGUGAAAGGUGUCUUGAGAUGCAGUGGUAAGUGUUUUACUGCCUGCAGCAUCAUCCAGCAUGAUGGCUUGGCAGUGGGUCACUGAUGGUCUGGGGAGGCUUAUCCUUGGAGGAUCAUACAGAUAACCUCCUCAGAACCACUGUGGAUACGGGCAUUGAUACCAUUGACUGUCUCUGACAUUUUCCAGAGCUGAGUCCAACUGGGAACUUCCGGGACACUUUUUUUACUCACGUGACUGCCCAGUCUCCACCGAGCCACUCUCAUUUUCUCUGAAUUGCUGCCUACCUGUCCACAUGCCCUGUCUUUUGAUUAUACCUUCACCUCUUUUAAUAAAGCAUCUAAACUAUUUGUCAGUUGUCUGCUUUCCGGGUCAUACUGAAAAGAUGACAAGAGCAUUACGUCAGUAAAGAUUUUUAAUUUUGAAUAUUUCAAUUAUCAAGAUCAAAUGUGUGAUUUAAGCGGUUCCAUGACUUCUUGAGAUUUUUUUUUCAGCAUUGAAAAUACUUUUACUUUCAUACUGUUGAUAAAUCCUUCUUCAUUUUUAGUUAAAUUAUAUUAAUCAGUGUAGGAUAUGUACACCUAAAAGGUAUGUUGGGUAUGUUGGGUAUGUUGGGUAUGUUGAGUAUGUUGAGUAUGUUGAGUAUGUUGGUGCAGCGUGUUGCUAUCUGAAUCCAAAGCACCAUGUUGUUUAUGACUGGGUGCAUCACUUGUGCAUCUUUGUGGCCACAGUUUCACGGAUAAGUACAACUUUAUGCUCCUGGAAAUGAUGAGCUCUUUGCUUUGCUGGCUGCUCUUGAUGAGUGUGCAAAGUAAUUCAGUUAUUAUUACCACCAAUAUAGUUUUUAAAUUAAAUUUCAUCAUUAACUGAGUCGCAAAUUGUAAUAAAACUGUCUACAGAGUUGAUUUAGAAAAUAAUGUUUAACACAAGCAUGUUGUAACGUCCCACUGUUUAAAAAAAAAAAUAAGUUUUUUGUACACUAGCAGUUUGCAGUCCCACACUCAUCCACACCCAAAGGUUCCUAAACUCCACCUUGAUUACUUGUUACUGGAAGUGCAUUACUUAAUCAUUAACUUUUUGGUUAUCUUUUAAUAAAUAGAUAAAGACUUGCAUUGUACUGACACUUUGACACUUAGCAUUGUUUGUUUAAAGCAGCAAGUCGAGUUUCUAGCAGGUAUUUCAUUCAUUUACACUUGUUUUCUUUCUUUUUUUGCAAACCAUGAUUAAACUCUAAUACAGACAAAGAGACAGUGGAGCUCUGUAGACCUGAAACUUGACUUUUGCACUUCUCAAGUAAGUCUUACUAUGCCUUUAUAAAGAAACAUUAAUUUUA